AUGCCUCGCAUCCGCCCUAACGAGCGUUACACUCCCAAUAACCUUCCGGUCUUCGUUGACACGAUCUGUCAAGAAUGCGGCGCUCAGGUGAAGAAGACGCGCGAUCAGAAUCGCCAUAAACUUGGACACCUUCCCGACAAGUACAAGAACAUCAAGUGUCGGCACCCGUGUACCUGGCCUGACUGUGGCAAACGAUUUGCAGCCAAGUGCACUUUGCAGACGCAUAUUCGCGCGAAGCACACUGGCGAGACGCCGUAUGUGUGCCCCAACGAGGAUUGUGGUGAGGUGUUUCAUGACGGUGCUGGCCUCUAUCACCAUCGCGAGCGCCACCACGACUACAAGUCGCCCAAUGCUCGCGGUCCCCGAGCGAAGCCCACGAAGCCUGCGAAGGCCGUCGUGGAGAAGGCGCCCAAGGCUCAGCGUCCGGGGCAUACCGCUGCGCCUACUAUAUCUCGCGACGUCGGGUACGCCGUGGCUGCCUCUACGGCGGUCUAUCACACUGCCACUGCAUCCACCUCCCGCAAGUCAUCUCGUGUCCCCGAACUGUCUCCCUCGUCGUCCUUCUCCUCAUUUGUCUCGCCGUCACCGUUCCCUCCGUCGCCUGUGGACAACUUGUUCGGCAUCGAUUUCUCUGAUACCUCCUUCAUCGACGAGCUUAUGUCGUCGCAGUCCUCCGAGGUCGACGAGUCCCUGUUCUGGCCUCCUGUUCCUGCGCCCGAGCUUCCUCCUCUCGAUGACUACACCUCGUACUCUGGCUACGAGGAGCCUCUCCACUAUGGUGAACAUCACUAA